AUGGCAUCAAAUGAAAACUGCCCUACAGAUUCAGGGGCAGUUUUUAAACACAAUGGCUUCAAUACAAAUUCGAAGAAAGAACCAAUUAUUAGUGAUAAUUCUUUGCUCAACGCUGGGGAAGACGAUGAAAUGGAGAUUUAUGGAUACAAACGAAGUGGACCAAUGGCUGUUAUUAUAUGGAUUCUUAUAUUUUUGACUUUGGGAUUUAUACGUUUAUUAUUUCACUGGUGGCCUCAUUGGGUAUUGUACGCUAUGUACAAAAGAUGUCCACUUAAUAAAGCAGAACGUGUUCUUAUCGUGGAAAGUUAUGAAGGGAUGUAUAAAUCGUAUUUUGUAAGACCAGUAAAAAACGUGUCCAUCAAGAAAAUCAACAAAGAAGAACUGUUGUUAACCAAUAACAUUAGCAAAUUAGAUUCUAUUGCAAUUGAAGAAGACCACGUAAAAUCCAUUAGGAUACAUUUAAAUGAUGGAUCAUGUCAAGAUGUAAGUCAAAUUAGAGCAGUUGAUAUAAAAAAGAUCUGCUAUGUUUGGUGUGAUAUUCAAGGGAAAUUUCAAAAGCUUGUCGGUUUGGAUCGAGGUUUAACAACUGCACAACUACAUACAUAUAAAGGUUACUCUGUACAAGAACAAUUAAUCAGAAAAUGCAUUUAUGGAGAAAACAAAAUCAAUGUACCUAUUCAAAAUAUAAUGUCACUAAUAUGGCUAGAAGUUCUUAAUCCUUUAUACAUUUUCCAAGCUUUUUCUCUUGUAGUAUGGUUUUCAGAAGGUUAUGUGUAUUAUUUAGGAGCUAUAGUUAUCAUGUCUGUUUUUGGAAUAACAUCUUCAGUUAUACAAACUCGUGAGAACCAAAGGACUUUAUUAGAAACUGUAAAUACACUAGACAAAGUGACAGUAUGCCGUGAUAUGGGUGGACCCAAUUCUGAAGCUAUUUAUGAAGAUAUUUCCACAACAGAUUUGGUACCGGGUGACAUAAUUGUUGUACCUAGAAUAGGAUUUGAAGUACCAUGUGAUAUAGCUUUACUUUGUGGAACGUGUGUCGUUAAUGAAAGUAUGCUAACAGGUGAAAGUGUACCGGUGCUCAAGACCGCAUUACCUAAUAUAAAUCUCUUGUACAAUGAACGUGAAGAUGCAAAUCAUACUUUAUUUUCUGGAACAAAAGUUUUGCAAGCAAGAUAUUUUUCUGAUAGAAAAGUUCAUGGAGUAGUCUUAAGAACGGGUUAUUUGACAGCAAAAGGAUCAUUGGUAAGAUCAAUUCUAUAUCCUCCACCGGCUGACUUUAGGUUUGAUAAGGAUACGUAUCGAUUUAUUUGGAUUUUGGCUGCUGUUGCGACUUCUGGUUCAAUUUAUACUGCAGUGUCAAAGGCAUCCAGAGGGUUGACAGUAUUUGACAUCCUAGUUAAGUCUUUGGAUCUGUUUACAAUAGUUAUUCCACCAGCACUCCCAGCUGCAAUGACGGUUGGAAGACUAUAUGCAUUACGAAGACUUCAAAAUCAUCAUCUUUCUUGUAUGAAUUCGAGAGUUAUAAAUGUUUGUGGAUCAAUAGAUUGCAUAUGCUUUGAUAAAACAGGAACAUUAACAGAAGAUGGUUUGGACAUGUGGGGGGUAGUACCUGUCGAAAAUAAUCAUGAACUAGGUUCACCUAUUAGAGAUGUAACAACAUUGUCUAACGAUCAUUCAUUGAAAUUGGGUAUGGUGACUUGUCAUUCAUUGACACUACUAAAUUCAACCGUUUCAGGAGAUCCACUUGACAUAAAGAUGUUUGAGUCAACGGCUUGGUGUCUUGAAGAAUUAGAAGUUUCAGAUGCUUCGAAGUUCGAUGUAUUAGUACCCUCAAUUGUGCGAAAUCCAAACACUUCAAAUGAUGAAAAACAAAUAGAAAUCGGUCUUAUACAUCAAUUUCAUUUCUCGUCAUCACUUCAACGAAUGAGUAUGAUUACAAAAACAAUUGGUGACCCACGUUUUAUUGUUUACACAAAAGGGUCGCCAGAAAUGAUUCAGUCGUUAUGUAUUCCUAGUACUGUGCCUAGCAUGACCAAUACUGUAUUACGGGAAUAUACUGAAGAAGGAUAUAGAGUUAUUGCUCUUGCUCAUAAAGUUCUUCAAAAUUGUAACUUUGUACAAAUUCCAAAAUUAAGACGAGAAGAAGUUGAGUGUGAUCUAACUUUUGCUGGUUUAGUAAUUUUAGAAAAUCGUCUAAAAGACCAAACUACCCCUGUUAUUGAAGAACUUCAAGGGGCGAAUAUGAAAAUCAUUAUGGUUACAGGUGAUAACAUCUUAACGGCUGUUAGUGUAGCUAAAGAAUGUGGAAUAGUUUUGCCAUCAAAGACAGUAGUUGACGUAACAGCUGACGAAAGUCAAGGAUGUAGUCCAAAAAUAUACUAUACAGCUAGUGGUAUUACAUCACCAAUGAGAGCUACCAUGUUUGAAAACUAUCAUUCUAAUAAAAACGAUUUAGAACUAGAAGCUCGAGUCAACGGAGAUUACAGCUUUGCAAUGACUGGACGAACGUGGGCUAUCAUUAGAGAUAAAUUUCCUAUUCUUCUCCCUAGGAUACUAGUUAAGGGUGCUAUAUUUGCUAGAAUGACAUCCGAACAAAAGCAACAGUUAAUACAAGAACUACAAUAUAUUGGUUAUCAUGUCGCCAUGUGUGGCGAUGGUGCGAACGAUUGCGGAGCAUUACGAGCAGCACAUGUCGGAGUUUCAUUAUCAGAAGCAGAAUCGUCAGUAGCAUCGCCAUUUACAUCACACGUAGCAAAUAUUUCAUGUAUGCCUCGUAUCAUUCGAGAAGGGCGAGCAGCUCUUGUGACAUCAUUUGGAAUUUUUAAAUUUAUGGUUCUCUAUAGUUUAUUGGAGUUUACUUCGACGUUUAUUUUAUACAACAUAGAUAGUAACUUGACGGAUUUUGAGUACUUGUUUAUUGAUAUUGGUUUGGUGGUAAACUUUAUGUUCUUUUUCGGUAGAAAUGAAGCCUUUCAGGGAUCGUUAUUUAAAAAGCCUCCAUUAACAAGACUGUUAUCAUUUAUCCCUUUAUUUUCGAUGGUCGCAAACCUACUCGUAAUGGUAUCAACACAAGUUUUAUCUUUUUACUUGGUACAUAAUUUUUCUUGGUUUAAACCAUUCGACUAUACUCAUCCAAAAGAGUAUAGAUGUUAUGAAAAUUAUGCAGUUUAUUCAGUUUCUCAAUUUCAAUACAUAAUAUUGGCUCUAAUAUUUUCAUACGGAAAACCAUAUCGAGGACCAAUUUACAAAAACACAGUCUUUUUCUCUAGUUUACUAACUAUGGCGGCUGUUUGUUCAUAUGUAACUUUGUUCCCAGCUGAUUGGAUUAAAGAAUUAUUACAAUUGCAAUUUCCUCCGUUCAUGGAAUUCCCAAUAAUUGUGGUUACAUUAGCUGUAGUUGAUUGUAUUUUAUGUCUGGGCAUAGAGUAUUUCAUUGUUGAUUAUUUGCUAACAAAAAAAUUAAAAUUGGGAUCAUAUGAAUCUAAUAAUGAACACAUAUAUCAUUCAGUAAAAGCCGAACUAGAUUCUUCUCCUGGGUGGCCACCUAUUUGCAAACAUCAACCAAUGAUUACUUCGUCGUCUUUAGAAUGUAUGCGUAAGACUGAAAUUGACACAGAACAGUUUGAACGUCAAGAACGAGUUAAAACAAUGAGCACUAAUUUAUAA